AUGUGGUAUAACAACGUUGAUAAUGGAAAUAAUAAUCAAGGCGCGGGGAUAAUAGCAGUGGCAAUCGACAACGGCGUCUCCAGCCAAAAUGCUUUGAAAUGGGCAAUUGAUCAUCUCGUCUCUCGGUCUACCAGCCAUGCUCCUAUCAAGCUUGUCCAUGUACAAUGCGAGGCUGUUCUACUGGAGGAUCAAGAUGUAGCUGAGGCAUUAGCUGAGUACAUUUUCCGCCAUGGCAUUGAGAAUAUCGUUGUUGGUGCUACAUCCAGGACUGGUGGGUUAACUAGGCGUCUAUUCAAGGCAUCUGAAUCUAUUCCAGGCAGAGUCCUGAAGUUGGCACCACAUUUCUGCUCAGUAUACACCAUCAAACAAGGAAGGGUGGGCGAAAUGCGUGAAGCAUCUCGUCCACUUCCAAAUAUUCAUGUUGAGGAGAGGGCAGUGAAUCACCAGUCCGAUCACAUAGGUAGAGGUCCGAUCUACAGAGCAUAUGAUGAGGUCUCAGUGGCUGAGAAUGAUGUUUCGUUUGUAAGCUCAGAAAGACCAAGUACUGAUAGCAUUUUAUCUUUCUACCAAAGUUUUGGGCCAGCUGGACUAACCCGAUAUCCAUUAGAAUCAUCAUCAAACAUGGAAAGUAUUGCAAAACUAGACGAAGAUUUUGACAGUUUUGAUUUUUACACUCCGCAUGAACCGUCAUCAACUGUACAACGUUGUGGAGGAACACCCCUCUUGUCGCAGAAAGAAUUGGAUGACAUGGAAGAGGAGAUGAAAAGGCUUAGAGUGGAGCUGCAGCAAACAAUGGACAUGUACCACGCAGCCUGCAAAGAAGCAGUGGCAGCAAAACAGAAGACAAUUGAGCUACAAGAGUGGAAAUUGAAAGAAGGGAAAAAACUAGAAGAGGCACGAUAUGCCUUAGAAACAACUAGGGAAGCUAUGGAGAAAGAAAAAGCACAUUCUAAAGCAGCAAUUUUGACAGCUGAUCAUCGUCACGAAGUAGCUCAGAGGUUUGCUGAGAAAGAGGUGACAAUCAGUGCAGAUCAAAUAUUCAAAGCUUUAAGGGAGGCUGACGAUGAAGAGAAGAAAAGAGUUUUGGAUGUUUUAGGCAAAGAAAACUACAUUUAUGGUAAGGACUUUAUGCAGAACGGGCGGGGAACCACUGCUAUUUUGGUGGUUUUGCCAGAUGCCUUAAUUGUUGCUGGAGAUUAUGGUAUAUUCCAGUGA